AGACAUUUAUAGAAUCUACUCAGUGCUACAUAUAUGGAAAAUGUCAAAUCGCCUAAACUUCCUUUUCACUACAAAUCCUUACACCUAUCGACGACGUCAAUUGUUGACUAUUCCCCGACCAUGUGUGUACGAUACUGUCCUGGAUAUACCAAGCUAUGAAACAUUUUUGCCUUGGUGCAAGAAGAGCAGUUGGGUUGACUGUGUAGAUUUGAAGCAGCUGUCAAAUCAUGGAGGCCAAAGAAAGGCUACAAUAACAGUUGAUUUCAAGUUGAUUAAAGAGUCGUACACUUCGGUGGUACAUUUCAAUCCACAUGAUCGCAUAAAGGCUGUAGCCGCAAAUAAUGAUUUAUUCGAAGUCCUAGACACUGUUUGGGAAUUCAAAGACAUCGGUGAUGCUACUGAAGUGGAUUUCAACAUCAAAUUCAAGUUUCAUUCGGGGAUGUAUCAAACUAUAACUACUUAUAUGGGUCGUACGUUAAGCGGAAGUAUGGUCGAUCACUUUGUCAAAGAGUGUUAUCGACGACACAAUCUGAAGAAAAUUCCCUUUCAAAAGGAGCAUGUUGGAAUCUAAAUUCAUGGCCAAAAUUAAGAAAAACAUUAA